AUGGUUGUCAUGUUGAUUGCUAAAUACAAAAGGCAAGAGAAGCAUCGUGAAACAAACAUGAGCCCAUCUAAGAUUACCAUCAAGUCUCGUUCUAGGAGCUUGAAAGAUACUGAGCUUCAAUUGUCUAAGGGAAAGGUUCCCACCUUAGAAGAAGUCCUUUCUAAGAUCUCAUCCAAUAAUAGGGGUAUCAGCAAGUACAGACUGAGAUUGACCUACUCCAAGGAAUCAAAGCAAGUUCCAAUUACGAAUGAUGCCUUUUUCCAAGAUAAUGAGCACUCUGAAUUAUUUGUUAAGGACUUGGGACCACAAGUUGCAUGGAGAUUAGUGUUCUUUAUUGAAUACCUUGGUCCAAUUUUAAUCCAUUCCCUCAUGUAUUAUUUAUCUACAAGACCCGACAUGAUUGAAAGAUUCCAUAAAUAUAAUGCACCACGUAGUCCAAUGUUAAAUAAAGUGGCAUACUACAUGGUCCUUGCUCAUUAUGUCAAGAGAGAAUUUGAAACACUAUUUGUUCACCAAUUUUCUUUAGCUACCAUGCCCUUAUUCAAUAUCUUUAAGAAUUCCUUCCAUUAUUGGAUUCUAAAUGGUGCUAUUUCCCUGGGAUACUUUGGAUAUGGAUUUUUCUUUAGUGACAAUACAUUAUCAAACGUUUAUGGAAAAUUACACAUUGGUAGUUUAGGUACUUUGAUUGGUCUUUUUGUCUUAUCUGAAUCAUGGAACUUUUACAUUCAUUUGAAGUUACGUAGAUGGGGGGAUUAUCAAAAGAAAAUAGGUAACAAAGAUAAACGUGUUCCAAUAAACGGUGGUUUAUUUUCCAUCUUUGUCGCACCAAAUUAUACUUUUGAAACUUGGGCUUGGAUAUGGUUUACUGUUGUCUUCAAAAUGAAUUUAUUCGCAGUAUUCUUCUUAUUUGUAUCUGCUGGCCAAAUGUAUCUAUGGGCCCAAAAGAAGAAUAAGAAGUAUGGUACUAGGAGAUCAUUUUUGAUCCCAUACAUAUUUUAA